AUUCAGCGAUAAGUAUUAUGGGCAAUGUUUCGCUACACGGUUAUAGACGUUGGAGGUGACCUUGUAGUGUUUAACAAAGAAGAUGGAGGCUUAGCUCAGAACAGACGGGACUCAUGGCCACCAAGGUUCCCUACAGAAGAAGAAGUGAAGUUUGAGAGAGUACGAUUAAAAACAGAGCGGUUACAGAGACAGGCCAGAUUAGAGGAAGAUGUUAGGAGAAAGAGAGUUAAAACUAUAAACGCUAUCGAGUACAGCAGAGAAGAGGAGGAUAAAUACAGCCAGGACAAAACUGAGGAUCAGGGAAAUGAGCAGAGCUCCGAGGAUAGCGGGAUAGUGAGUUUUAGAGAUGAGGAACACUCAGCACUAACAGAUAACCUCACUCUCAACAGCAACCUAGAUACCACAGCUGAAGAGGAACCAGUCCAGAAUACAGAGGAACUGAAACUGGACGUUGAGCCAUCUCCAAGGCCUUCCAGAGCCCCAUCAGUCUCUAAAACCCGCUCAGUCAGUGUCAAGUCCUUCAGGACACAAGACGCAAUACCUACUGAUAAUGUGGCUGAUGAUCCAGGAGACAAGCCGUAUAUUGUGGCUCCCGGGAGAAAGAGAGCUACUAAAACUGAUAAGAAAAAGGACUCAGCUUGCUGCACAAUUCUCUGAAAAUGCUUUGGAUGGAUGGCCAGUAGCCGUGAGCUUGAUUUUUGUCAAAUUUUAUCAUAUUAUGCUCGAGGACAGUUUGCAGUUUUACAAUACAUUAGAGUCUGAUAACGGGCGCACUCAAAAUAAGACUUGUAUAAAAUCAGAAUAAGAUCAACCUAAAAGAGAACGAUAUUUAUUGAGCCACUACUAAGUGAAAACCAGGAGGUUUGCAAUGGAGCAUGAUUCUGUAAUUAGUGAUUUGCUUCGAGUUAAUUUAAUAGUGAUCAAUAGGUUUGCAGACCCCGCUUUCGCCAAUGUUGGUUUGGCGAAUGUAGUUAUUAUAGUUGUCGUUGAAAAAAGUACUCAACUUGUAUUGAGGAAAUGAGUUACCUAAUUUAUUGUUUUUGACACAUUUUAAAUACGUUUAAACAUUUCUACCUAUUAAUAA